CGUAACCAGGAGUGCUCUGCUGUCCGUGUCUCUGUCAUUGCCCCGCUGCUCCGAGAUUCUAUAUAACUUGCCUUGGAUUCUUGGCCUGUUUUCGUAUAUAGCAGAUCCAUAUCUUCCUCUCUAACGGGAGCACAAACGUACGGCUCUUCUUGCUCUGCAGUCUGCAUGCACACACACCAAGAGCUCAAGAAACAGCUAGCUAGUGUGGUAAUCAAUGGCGCUAUCGGCUGCUGCUCCCGGCCAGCAGGAACCGCCGUCAGGGAAGCAGUUGAGCUACCAGCUCGCCGCUGCUGUGAGGAGCAUCAACUGGACUUACGCCAUUUUCUGGUCCAUGUCCACCGGCCUGCGCCCACCUGGAGUUCUGACAUGGAAGAACGGGUUCUAUAACGGCGAGGUAAAGACUAGGAAGAUCAUUAGCUCCACCACGACGGAGCUUACCGCCGACGACCUCGUCCUGCAGAGAAGCGAGCAACUGAGGGAGCUCUACCAGUCGCUCUUGUCCGGCAAGGCGGACCACCGUGCCAAGCGUCCCGCCGCCUCGCUGUCGCCGGAGGAUCUCGGGGAAGCCGAGUGGUACUACACGCUAAGCAUGACUUAUGCCUUCCGGCCUGGUCAAGGGUUGCCAGGCAAGAGCUUUGCGAGCAAUCAACAUGUUUGGUUAUACAACGCUCAAUACGCAGACACCAAAACUUUCCAGCGCGCUCUCUUAGCAAAGGUAUCGUACAUAUUUAUCUCAAGCUAUGUAUACAUCUUUCGGCCGUUAACUAACAUCAUGAUGCUUGUCCACGCUACCGGACGGUUAAAUCAGACCGCGCCUAUUCAGACAGUUGUUUGCAUUCCCUUCAUGGGUGGCGUGCUCAAGCUCGGGACAUUGGAUUUGGUAUUGGAGGAUCCGAACAAGGUGAACCAGAUUGGCACAUCUUUAUGGGAGCUACCCUUUUUGGCAUGCUCGGAGUCUGAGCUGCCAAGCUCCAAUCCAUCAACAGACGAAGCAGGGAACGGGGAGGUAGACAUCGUCGUGUUAGAAGACCUUGAUCACAAUGUCGCCAAGGGGAUGAUCUCUGAGCUUGGGGAGGUCGAGUGCAUGUCCGACGUCAACCUUGAUCAUGUCACCGAGGAGGUGGAUGAGUUCUAUGGCCUCAUCGAGGAGUUGGAUGUGCGUUCUCUUGAGGACAACUGGGUCAUGGAAAGGUCAUUUGAGUACACGUCUUCCUUGGAAAUGGCACCAGACAUGGACGCACGGAGCAUUGAUGAUGCCAUCAUCACUUUAAGUAGCUUUGUUAAAGGCUCCCGUCCAUCCUGCUUUACGGUGUGGAAGAGGUCAUCUGACUGUGAAGACGUGGUUGCGCGGGUCACCGGGGAGUCACAAAAGUUGUUGAAGAAAGCUAUAUCCGGCGGUGCAUGGACAGCGAGACCUCAAGAAAGUAACAUCAAGACGCAUGUCCUGUCGGAAAGGAGGCGCCGAGAGAAGCUCAAUGAUAUGUUCCUAGUUCUCAAGUCAAUGGUCCCGUCCAUUAACAAGAUGGACAAAGCAUCCAUCCUAGCUGAAACUAUAACCUAUCUCAGAGAGCUAGAACAAAGGGUAGAAGAGCUAGAAACUAGCAGGGCACCGUCAUCGCACCCAAAUGAAGCAAUGGGACGGGGGCUCCAUGAGGUUGUCGGCGGGAAGAAGAUCAAGCUAUCAACUGGAUCAAAGAGGAAGGUGCUAGAGAUGGAGAGGGAGGACAAUGAUUGCCCAAGCAACAUUGUUAAUGUGACCGUGAUGGACAAGGAGGUGCUCUUGGAGGUGCAGUGCCGAUGGAAGGAGUUGUUGAUGACACGGGUGUUCGACGCUAUCAAGAGCCUCCGCCUGGACAUCGUCUCUGUGCAUGCAUCCACACCGGAAGGUCUUCUUGAUCUCAAGAUACGAGCUACUCAGCAGGCCUCGAUCGCACCAACUUCUAAGCUUGCAGUAGGUUCUGCUGCCAUUGCACCUGGGAUGAUCACUGAAGCGCUUCAGAAAGCUAUAUGCAUCCGCUGAAAUAAUUAAUAUCAACAACAUGACCUGACAUUGGUACUUAUAUUCCCAGCUAAUCUUUAUGCCAUGUGGACACAGUUGUUGGUCCUUGAAGGGCAAGGGUUUGCGGUACAAGUAUUUCUUAUAGUGAAGAACCAAUCUUAUCAAUCUGAUGGAGCACUUGUCUACAGUCCAUGAACGUCACCUACACACAAUUAGAUAACUUCUUCUUGGUCCAAAACUUAGAAAGUGAGAUUGUGAGUCUCACUAGCCUUGCCAGUUACAAGGAUUAACAAAUAGUGUGGUUGGAAUUGAUGAUUGAAAGAAAGUAAACAAAAUGGUUCAGAUUGUAAAAACAAAAAAAACAAAAAAAAGAGUUUGAUCGAGGUUAUGAUUAUGAGGAAUAAAGGACCGGGAUCCAUAA